AUGGAGGCACAGGAACUCUGUGGUGGUGGUAUAUCGCACGCGUCACCCCCCGGAGUGGACAACGUGGCCUCCCAGUUCGCGGAAACAGAAGAUAUGCCAGUCACCCCAACGCCAAUCCGUUGGCGAUCUGGAAACAUGAUGCAACCUGAAUUCAAUGAAGGUAGCAUGGAGAGUGCAAGCAUGGAUGAAAAUGAGGGCCAGGAACACUGGCAAACCAGAGGAUCCAGCAGGGCCCCCAGCCGGGCCCCCAGCCGGGCCAGUGAGGCCAGAAGCGGAAUCAGGCAACGAAAGAGUCUACAAAAGACAUUGAUUGGAAGGCCAAAGCAUCAAACCUCUUUACUAGAUGUGAGCAAACACGCCCAGGUGUUGGUGGGUGCUUUGGAAGCAGCCCAGAACCAACAACAAGAAAUGUUUCAAAUGGUCCAGGAACAGGUACAGGCACACCUAGCAGAGGAGCUGUCCAACUGGAGAGCAGAACAGCAGGUUCAUGAAGGACUCUAUCUAGAGCGGGUCACAAAGCUGGAACUGGAAGUUAGCAAGCUUCGCACAGAGCUCACAGAAGCCCAGAACACUAUCCAACGAAUCAAACCAAUGAAGCAAGACACACCAACAACAACCAAUGCCCAAUCAAGCCAAAUGAACCAACACAAUAGCAGCAAGGUCCCCAAGAUAAGGGAAGCAACAAGCCAAAAGUCAAGGCAACAACCCACAUUUUCAGACCUAGCUACGCUGCUUUCCACUAGACCUGGAGGGCAGGAAUGGCAGGAGGUCACCAAAAAGAAGCAGAAGAACCGGCAAAUCCAAGCAGUUGCUGCAGUUAGCCAGCCUGAUCCAACCAAGCUUAAGCCAGCCAAAGACACCCCCAAAGAGGCACGGAGAUUCCUAUUUCGCCGGGAGGGAGGCAAGGCUGCCCCAAGAUCAGAGAGAGAGGAUAUCAUUCUGGCCAUCAACCGAGCAGUAGCAAAGGCACGCUUCCCAGCAUUCAUCCGGGUAGUGGACGCAGGAUAUACCAACACUGGAGCGAUCACAAUCCUUUUGGAGAAAGGUACCCUAGGCUCUAUGCUCCUACCUGACUAUAAAGACCUAUUGGUCACUGCAGCUCGGCAGGCGGAUCCUGUCACGGCGCUCUACUAG